AGUCAGUAGGUCCCGGCGCAGAAGGUCGGUCGUAGCGUUGUAAUUUCUAAGUGCUGGUUUUAUUAUUUUUCUUGCAGCAGCUACUACGCUUCGGUUUAUCUUUAUGUUCGGUUUCUCUGUGGUGUACCUGUAGUCUAUCGAGUGAUCCUCCUCGUGUAAAAAGGAGUGUACGUAAAAAAUCGGGCUGCAACGGGUAUAUAGAAAACAAGUUCCAAAAAGUCUUGUUUAUGCAAAGAUUACGAACGACAAAUCAUGACCCAAGCAGACGACGUCGGGCCUCCUGAUAAUUCUAAUCCCACCAGCGCUCCUGCUGUAGUUUGACGACUGGGAAAAGAUAGCAGUGCUUCCGCUUGCCGACCUAGGUGCGUAGUGGUAGUGGACCGAAAGCUCAAGGAGUCAUGCCGGCUGGUAUCUUAAAGGCGGCGAUGAAGGAGCAAAAACCAAAAUCAUCUUUCCCCCACUUGGUGUUUGUGUACGGGAUAUCAAAUGCAAAAGUGUCUGGGUCUGGAAGAAUGCAUGUUUGUCAUGCUUGUCUGGCAUGACACUUAAAUCUGUCAUGCACGUUACCCAAGAGCUCCAUUUUUCUGUGAUGCAGGAACGCAGUUUGUCAUGCAGAACAGGCAACACCUAGAAGCUCAGAAACUUGUCAUGCUGAGCCAGCAUUUGUGGCCUUAUGAUGAGACGCCACCCAGCAUCACAAGUUUCCAGACCCAGACAUUUUUACAUUUGAUACGGGACUUUGAAAAAAGAUUUUUUCAACUACAACCGCUUUAUAUCAAAUGUAAAAAUGUCUGGGUCUGGAAGAUUGCCAGGUUUGUCAUGCACAUUUUGCAUGACUCCUGAUGUCUGUGAUGCAUGCCCUAGAAUCACAGAUUUUGUGAGGGCUUCCCAAUGCCUAUACCGCAUGACAAAUGCUCUUUCCGUGUAGCAAAACUUGGACUCUCUUUGCUGCUCAUGCAAUACAGACUUUUUUGGAAUCCAAAAUCAGCAUGACAAGUUGGAUUCUUCCAGACCCAGACAUUUUUACAGUUGAUACUUUAUGAAAGCGAAGGAAAACUUAUCCGCUGGGAAAAGUAGAACGAAGUCCGUGCUGUCUACAGCUCACUCUGGUUUUCUGCAUGCUGCUGGGUUGCUAUUUGAUGUACAUGACGAUGGACUAAAAACGUUUGUCCCCACGAGGGCGGGCAACAUAGGGCCCUGGGCAAGGCUGCUGGCCCUGGGCAAGGCCCCGAUGCUCUGCUAGGGCCCUGGGCAAGGCUGCUGGCCCGGCCUGCCCAUCGCCGCAAAGAAGGGAAGGUUGUUAGCCCACGACAGAACGCAUGCCGGCGCGCGCUCGCCCGCUGCUUGUCAUGGCGGGGGCGGGGGCGCGGCGCCCUUGGCGCUUAUUCGUGGCGGCCCUGGCUUUCUUCCGGGGCCUACGCCUCUUGCCCAUGCUUUGGCUCCGGCCUUCGGCCUUCCGCUCGGUGGGGCGAAGAUACGGCGGCCCCGCCCCCCUUGGUGCGCGCCCGGUUUGGCGCCCUGCGUGAGAUCCUCGGCGGCCAGCGGCGCCGCGGCGUCCCAACUUUAACGGGCGCCACCCCUGCGAUUGGCCACAGAGCCACCGAGCGUGUCUGUGUGCCCGCACCCACAAAGGGGGCGGCGCCAAGGCCCUCGCCACGGAGGCGGUGCGCCGAAUCCCUGGGAAAGCGAAGACGCAGCCUGAUGCGGCGCGGCAUCGUCGGCGUCUUGGCAAGCUGCUCCCGCCCUCGAUUUGCCCUCAGUGUGGUAGCGUGGCGGGGCGCGGGCAUCUACAACGCCCAGGAGCGUGCUCCCAGUUGCAUGCGGGGAGGCCGCGGCGCCUGGCUAACAGCGAAGGCCCCGCGGCGGGCCCGCGAAAAAGUGGGGCGCGGAGGAGCUGGGCGCGGCCGGUCACCAAGUGGACAGACGCAGGCCCUGCAGGAAUUGGGCGCGAUGUCUUCAAGUGUUGCCGGGCUGCUUGGAUCCCCACUCGUGAUGGGGAAAAAAUUUCGCAUCAAAAUUUUCAGCAUACUUGAGAAAAGCGCACCUGACUCCACCAUAGGGUUGCUAUUUGUACAUGACGAUGCACUAAAAACGUUUGUCCCCACGAGGGCGGGCAACAUUUGUUUCUCUAGCAAUAGAGUUUGAGCAUGUUAUCGAGGACCGCAACAACGGAAAAUGGUGCUAAUCGUCGAAGCUUGUCCUGCGACACGCUUGCAGAACACCAGAAUAGCUGCGGCAUUUUAGUAUAGCAGUUCUGCUUCUGACACUUGGCAGGCUUUUGACUAUAAGUAGCUGAGGACGUUCAUUUUACGUCGGAUAGAACCUUCACUGGACAUUGGUCUCAAGCCACGCCGUGCUCUAUGGGAGUGCACAACCCCCCCUGCCCCUCAUUUGCCAUGCAAAAUACCAAAUCCACGCGUUGCCUCUUGGCAUUGUCUGCAUGACAAGUUCAGGCAACCCAAACAGCACUACAAUCCUUUAUGCAAAACCUGCACUCUUGCAGAUGUCAAUGUUGCUAUUGCUGUUCAUGCCUUAGCCUUACAAAUGAAUGGGAGUGGGAGUUGUGCACUCUCAUAUGCUCGAGUCCGCGCGUAUCCGUGCCUUUUUUGUCGACUGCUACUACACCCCGUAUUUGGUGCUGGCACCGGAGCAGGACAAAAAUAAGGUGCAGCCACCUGUGGAUGCAGAAAUAUUAAGUGGAGGAGAUUUAUAUGUAGUGAGGUCACCGAACGGUUCUAACCUGGCAGUUUUCUUGCCAUGAAGUGCCAAAAACGACCGGCAGUUUUGAAGCCUGUAAAGCGUUUUUUUGCAUGAAAAAGCUCGCAGCGUGCAAGCCUGUUUGGCUUUGCCUUCAACGAAUCGCCUGCGGAAACUAUCGGUCGCCGCUUGAUAAAACGACGCAGGGGCGCCGGCAAAAGGGGCGCCCUUCUGAGGCGCCCACCGCCUUAGUUUCUGGCGAUUUGGGGCGCCCAAAAGGGCGCCCGAAAAAAACGCGCCAAAAAUCAGAACAGCGAAACCGCAUGGCACGGCCGCGAUUUCGGAGCAUUUUGGGCGGCCGCGAAAGCGGCCGCCUUUUCGCCCGUUUCUAAGCGGGAGAAGCUUUGCAAAAAGCGCCGGCGCGAAAAAUAAAAACGCAAAAAAGAAAAAGCGCGCCGGACGCGCGAAGCCAAUCCGCAUGCUAUGGGCCCGAAUUUUCUUUGGUUUUUGGGCGCCCCCCGUGGCGCCAGAAUCGGGCCCAUAGCGUCGGGGUUGGCUUUCUUAAGGGAAUUCCGGAAAUUUGCCAAAAAUCUGUUAUGUUUUUCAAGCGGCCGCCAUACCGUGCGGCAUAACCUUACCCACGGCGGCACGGAGGGCCCACAAAAAGCAGGCGCCCUUCCGGCCCGCGGCCAAGGUGGGGGCAAGAAAGCGCCACCGACCUCACUACCUCCGCCACGGCGGCUAUAUUUGGUUAUGUUCUGAGAAACCAGGGCUAGCACAAGCAGAACUAGCACUAGGGGAAAAGCUACAACAGAGCAAGACCGCCCACGGAGAACUCUACCGCGUCGACGAUGUGUAUGGAAGUACCAGGUUUUUGGAAAGUGACAGAAAGAAAGUUGGUGCAAUCAGUCAUGGAUAAAAUUAUCGACUGCACCAGUUUGAGUUUCACACACCAUUUCUGAGGGUUGCGUGACAACUUGUGUCCAUGGAUUUAUCAGACUCAACUUGUCAUUCUGUAGUUCAUCGCAAUAAACGUAAACCUAGGUCAGCUCCUAUUAUGGAAACCCAAUCCCCGCGAGGCCGCUAAGCAGGCCUACAACCGGCCUCACUUGACACCCAUGACAAGACAGGCACGACUUUGUGGCCGGGAUUUCAUGCAUGAUACAAGUUUUGCUGCAAAACUUUUGCAGCCCUUUCGUUUAUUCCCAACCUGAAGCUACUUCCAUAAUAUCAUGCUGGCGGAGCUCGACGAGCUUGAGGGCAUUGCGCGUAUCCCGCGUGAAAACGUACCCGUAAUUGCAAUUGCAAUUUGUCAUGCGUAGUUGUUUUCGGUACCAUAGUGCUACUCUGUUUAUGUUCAAUGCAUGACUCUCGAAAAGAUUCACUUCUGGAUCUGUCGUUCAGAAAUCCUCUCUGGACCACUCUGGGGUAUAGCAAGUAAGCAUGUAUUUCUAGGUACGUUUUCUUCAAGUGAUAACGCGGGACCGGUACACAAGGUCGGUGGUGAGAGUCGAAGCGCAGACUUGCGACGUUUCCGAGGAAGCAAAAGCAAUGCAACAGGAAAUAAAUCCUGUAUCAGCAACGCCUGGACGAGGUCCAGGACGAGCGGGGGAGCAAGAAACUGCGUAUUAUUUCGAUGCGUUCGUGUACCAUCUGAGGGCCGAGAAGGUGCCGACCGAGAUUCUAGAGGGUGCCUCAUCUAUGCCGUCGUCGAUUCGCUUCAUCGAAAAUUAUGCUUUAGUAUGGGACGACCAGACAGUGACAGUAGUGCUGCACAGUUCGCCCCUGGUUGUUCCCCUCCUUUGAAGGACAAGUAUCGCGUCAUCAGUCGCAACAGAAACAAUGGCGCAUAAAAUCACGGAGUUUCUAUUGCAAAGGAUGAAUUGUAAGAGCUCACGCGCGGACCCGGACGAGAGCUUGUCAUGCAGAUCUGGCGUGGUAUCGGUAUGCGCCAGGCCCGGAAGAAGAGCUUGUCUUGCAGGGCGCCGCCAAAAUAUAGGAAGGAGGAAAGCAUCCGGAAUAAUUGCAGGCUUGCAUGACAAAUUACGAAUGGGACGCCCUGCCCUUAGCCUUCCAACAUGACAAAUUACGAAUGCGGGGGAAAGAAGUACACGUAAGGAUUUGCAGCAGGACUGCAGCACUUCCAUACCUCGAAAAGCACCGGCAAAACUACGUGGUGAAAGUAUUGUGAGCAAAAAUUCCCCCUCCCAUAUCGAAGAGGCGUGCUUUUCAAAAUUUGUGAUGCUGAUUUGUGGCCACAAAUCGAGUCUGUCUUGCAAGAGAGCAAAGCCAGAGCUGCCGCCGCAUUUCGCAGGCGAUUUGUAAUGCUGCUGCGCCAAUAGGGCAGACGUCUGCCAUGCUAAGUGACUACCUCAAGCCACCCCUUUCCGGGCUUUGUAUCUGCCUGCAGUGCUCUACUGCAAGACAAAGCUGAUUUGUGUACGCAAAUACAGCGCCACAGACUUCCCUUUCGAUAUGGGGAGGGGGGAUUUUUCAUUUUGAUAGAAAGAAGAGCGCGACAUGUCCAGGUACCAACCAGACUGGGGUGGCUACGUCUAGUUGGUGAUUUAAAGUGCUUGUGAAACAAGGUAGAAUCUUCGAAGAAGAAGGUUUAGAAGUUGUGCUACAUCUUCUGCUCUGUCGAAGGGGGUUUCCAAUUCCAUUGCGCGCUUGUCAGGCACGACGAGCACUGACAAAUGAUUGACAACAUUGGAGAAAAACUACAACGAAAAUCUGAGAGGGAUUUUUUCCAUUUAGCUACUAGGACCACUUGUUGUUCUGUCGCCAAGUGUGUUUUCCAAGAAGCUCUGCAAUAAUGAAGGAGUCGCUAUUUACUCGUAGUGGUUUUGAU